AUGAAGAUCCUAGAGGGAUUUUUGUCUCUUAGUGUGCUGGCUAUUUUCUAUAACAACAGCAAUGCGGAACAGCAGGACUUCAUGUUACUUGCAGGCCCUCUAAGUACGCACUUUGUAAACAAUUUAAGACACAGGCCUUUGGACAGCCAAACUUUGCCUUUAGGAUCUUCAGAGGAGGAUGAUGUGUUUAACUGCAGAAGUGCACUGCCUCAACAAUCCAGAGAAUACUUCCUGUACCUUCAGAGCAGAGGGGUGAACCAAUUUAAAGUUCCCCUGUCCUGGUUUCACAUCCUUCCCACAUGUGACCCCAGCCAGCCACAUGAAGACACUGUGACAUGCUACAAGACACUUGUGCAGCAGUUGACUGAAGUAGGCAUCAAACCUCUGCUGGUGCUCCAUCGCUCUGCAGUACCAGAACCCUUCAGAACCAGAUAUGGAGGCUGGGAGAAUCCGUUACUGGUGGAGAGGUUUGAGCAAUAUGCAGGAUUUGUGUUCACUACAUUUGGGGAACUGGUAGACACAUUUAUCACGUUCAGUCACCUACAUGAACUUCAUGAUGAAGGGCAACAAAUUGCUCUCCAGUCCCAUGCAAAUGUCUACAAACUCUACUAUCAAAUGAACAAAGGGCUUCAUUUGUCUCUUGGGAUAAGAGCCAAUGAUGUUACCUCCAUUUAUCAAAAGGGGUCAAAAAUCAUGGCAUAUAUGGAUUUCCUCUCUCUGCAUAUGGAGUACAACUGCAAAUUGCAAACAUCUGUGACUGAGGAAUUGAGGAAGUUAUAUAUGAACAUCGGUCAAUCAUCCAUUCUUAUGUAUCAGUUGACCAUCAAGGAUUGUGAUGAAUAUGAGUAUUAUUUUCAGCCUCUUACCAGUAUUCUUCAAGUUUUACAGAACAAAAAUCUUCACAUCAGGGGCUAUGACAUCACACACCUUUUUAGAAAACUAGAUCAACAUGAAACACCCAGAAGUUUGCAGAGUGACGAUGCACUGACUGGCUUCCAUCAGAAAUCAGCUUCUCCAUUUUCAUACCAGAAAGUGUGGGAGAACUUUAAAGAUCAAACCGAAAGUGAGCGGGAUGUGUUCCUGAAUGAAUCGUUCCCAGAUGAUUUUCAGUGGUCUGUCUCCAGUGAGAGCUUCAAAGUGGAGGGUGGUUGGUCUGAACAUGGGAAGGGUGAGACCAUAUGGGACCGUUUUAGCCAUGAGGGUAAUGUCUUUGACAACCAGACCACUGAUUUGGCCUGUGACAGUUAUCACAAGGUGGACUAUGAUGUGUAUCUGCUUAGGGGCAUGUUGUCCCCUAAUUAUCAAUUCUCAAUUUCCUGGGCUCGCAUUUUCCCCACUGGACGCAAAGACAGUUUGGUUGAUAAGGGAGCUGCUUAUUAUGACAAUUUGAUCAAAACACUCCUACAAUCAGGCGUUGAACCCAGUGUAACCCUUUAUCACUGGGACCUCCCCCAAGCACUGCAGGACCAAGGUGGCUGGACUAACAACUCUAUUGUGGAAGCUUUCAAAGAAUUUGCUGACUUCUGCUUCUCUCGAUAUGGAGACAGAGUCAAAACAUGGAACACCUUUGGCAGCCCCUGGGUAGUGAGCAACUUGGGGUAUGGAACAGGGGAACAUCCCCCAAGUAUCAAGGACCCAAUAGUGGCUUCUUACCAGGUGACACACAAUAUUCUGAAAUCUCAUGCUGAAGCCUGGCACAUUUAUAAUGAUAAAUACAGAAAACUGCAGGGUGGAAAAGUGGGCAUUGCACUUAACUCAGAAUGGGCAGAGCCAAAGAAUCCCUCAAGUGUCCAAGAUAUAAAAGCAGCUGAGCGCUAUUUAAGUUUCAUGUUAGGCUGGUUUGCUCACCCAAUAUUUGUAAAUGGAGACUAUCCAACGGUGCUUAAGGAUCAAGUUGAGAAAAAGAAAGCCGUCUGUGGUAAAGAGCUAGCAAGACUCCCUGUCUUUACUGAGGCAGAGAAAAAAAGAAUACAAGGCACAGCUGAUUUCUUUGGACUUAAUCACUACACUUCUCGACUCAUCAGUGAAAGCUUGAAUAGUUGUGAUCCUGGACCAAAUAAUGUUGGGGACUUCCAGGCUCAUAUUGACCCCACCUGGCCCACCACAGCUUCUGACCAGAUCCAUUCUGUUCCUUGGGGUCUUCGACGUUUAUUGAACUACAUCUCUUCAGAGUAUACAUCCAUCACGAAGGUGCCAAUCUACAUCACAGGAAAUGGAAUACCCACUGAGUACAAUGGUGAAGUGCUCAAUGACACUGAGCGUGUUGACUUCCUCAAAGCUUACAUUAAUGAGGCAAUGAAAGCUAUUCUUCAGGAUAAAAUUGCUGUCCAAAGGUUUACAGUACAAUCUCUAAUGGAUGAAUUUGAGGGUCCUCAAGGUUACAGUCAACGAUUUGGAUUGCAUUAUGUAAACUUUGAAGAUCCAGACAGGCCAAGAACUCCAAAAACAUCUGCAUAUUAUUACUCAAAGGUAAUUGAGAGAAAUGGAUUUGCUGAGACUUCAGCAAACCCUGAAAAGGAAAUCUAUGAAAAUACAAUUAAUGGCUUAAGGCUCCGAAGCCUGCCCCCAUCUGAGGUUCCUUCAAAAUCCAAGGUUGUUUGGGAAAAGUUCUCCUCCCAGACCAAGUUUCAGAGAAAACUUUAUCAUUAUGGAACAUUUCCAGAGGGAUUCCACUGGGGUGUCUCUUCCUCAGCAUAUCAGGUUGAAGGUGGCUGGAAUGCAGAUGGAAAGGGGCUGAGUAUCUGGGACACUUUCACUCAAAAACCUGGUAAUACCCCAAACAAUGACAAUGGUGAUGUGGCAUGUGACAGCUACAGUAAAAUAGAUGAAGAUUUAUAUAUGUUGAGGGCCCUGAAAGUGAAGAUUUAUAGAUUCUCCUUGUCAUGGUCUCGAAUCUUUACCAAUGGUUAUAAAUCUUCUCUUAACCAGAAAGGGGUGGACUACUACAACAGGCUCAUUGAGGGUCUCAUAGCAAACAAUAUCACACCCAUGGUGACUCUCUACCAUUGGGACCUUCCACAAGCUUUACAGAACAUUAAGGGCUGGGAAAACCCUGAUUUGAUUGACAUUUUCAAAGAAUAUUGUGACUUCUGCUAUGCAACAUUUGGAGACAGGGUGAAGUUUUGGAUAACAUUUAAUGAACCCCAGACAAUUGCAUGGUCAGGGUAUGGACUGGGCCAUAUUCCACCAAAUGUGAAGCAACCAGGAGAUGCUCCAUACAAGGUGGCACACAACCUGCUAAAAGCUCAUGCAAAAGCAUAUCACACCUAUCAUGAAAAAUACAGGGCAACCCAAGGAGGACUGGUCUCCAUUAGUCUGAAUUCUGAAUGGGCAGAACCCCUAGAUGUGAACAUCCCUCGAGAGGUGGUGGCUGCUGAUCGAGCUCUACAGUUCCAACUAGGCUGGUUUGCACAUCCCAUCUUUAAAAAUGGCGACUACCCUGAUUCCAUGAAGUGGCAGGUUGGCAACAAGAGUGAACUUCAAGGCUUGACAGAAUCCCGGUUGCCUUCAUUUACUGAUGAAGACAAAGCCUACAUCAAAGGCACAGCUGAUUUAUUCUGCAUUAACACAUACUCUACCAAAGUUGUAUGUCAUGUGACAAGCAGACUUUCUCCUGAGUCUUACGAGAAUGAUCAGGACGUUGGGAAGAAAGAUGCAGAUGACUCUGAAAAUACUGCUGUUAAAGACCAGAAGGCUGUUGCUUGGGGAUUAAGGAGACUUCUUAACUGGAUUAAGGAAGAAUAUGGAAACCCUGAGAUUUAUAUAACAGAAAAUGGUGUGGCUACAGGCACAGACAUAACAGUUGAUGACACUGAUAGAAUAUUCUUUCUAAAGACUUAUGUCGAUGAGGUUCUUAAAGCACACAACCUGGAUGGAGUUCAUGUUAAGGGAUACAUUGCCAGCUCUCUGAUGGACUCUUUUGAGUGGCUGAAUGGCUACGAUGUUGGCUAUGGACUUCACUAUGUGAACUUUAAACAUUCAAGUCGACCACGAACUCCAAAACGCUCAGCUCACCUCUACUUUGAUAUAGUGAGAAAUAAUGGCUUUCCACUGCCAGAGGAAGAGAAAAUGAUAUAUGGACAUUUCCGUGAGGGAUUUGUCUGGAGCACAGCGACAGCUGCAUAUCAGAUAGAGGGAGCCUGGAGAUCAGAUGGGAAAGGUCUCAGCAUCUGGGACAAAUUUGCACACACUGCUUUAAAGAUAUCGCAAGAUGAAAAUGGUGACAUUGCCUGCGACAGCUAUCACAAGUUCAAUGAGGACGUCAAUAAUCUCAAAACUCUGAGGGUAAACCACUACCGGUUUUCUAUUUCAUGGCCCAGAAUUAUGCCAGAUGGAACUAACAGGAAAAUUAAUGAGGCUGGGCUCAACUACUACCACAGACUAGUGGAUGCACUUUUGGCAGCCAAUAUCAAGCCACAGGUGACUCUGUACCACUGGGAUCUUCCACAAGCUCUCCAAGAUGUUGGAGGCUGGGAGAAUGACACCAUUGUUGAUAGGUUCAGGGAAUACGCUGAUGUUGUAUUUAACAGUCUGGGAGACAAAGUCAAAUUCUGGAUAACUAUAAAUGAACCCUACAAUGUUGCUAUGGUAGGACAUGGCUAUGGAAGUGCAGCACCAGGUAUAAGCUUCAGACCAGGCACUGCACCAUAUAUUGUGGCACACAACCUCCUGAAGGCCCAUGCUGAGGCCUGGCACCUGUAUGAUGACAAGUAUCGCACAAAACACGGUGGUAUUGUUGGCAUCACUAUAAAUUCUGACUGGGCUGAACCAAGAAACCCCUACAAGCAGGAAGAUGUUGAUGCCGCCAUACGCAUAAUUCAGUUCCAGAUUGGCUGGUUCGCUCAUCCAGUAUUCAAUGGAGAUUAUAGUGAUUUAAUGAAGAACAUAAUUCGUGAGAGAAGUUUAGCGGCAGGACUGCCUGAAUCAAGGCUUCCAGAAUUUACCCCAGCAGAAGUAGCAAGGAUUAAGGGUACUCAUGAUUACUUUGGAUUCAACCACUACACUACUGUCUUAGCCUAUAACUUUGACUACAAGAAUCUCCAGCACUAUGACGCAGACAGGGGGGCAGGAACUGUUACUGAUCGUACAUGGCUAGAUUCUGGAUCCUUCUGGUUGAAAGUAACUCCUCCAGGAUUCCGAAAAAUUCUAAAAUUCAUCAAGGACGAAUAUGGAGACCCUCCUGUUUACAUUACUGAGAACGGAGUAUCAGAAAGAGGUCCAACGGAUCUGAAUGAUGUUCACCGAAUUCACUAUUUUGAAAACUACAUUAAUCAAGCUUUGAAAGCAUAUCUGCUGGAUGGAGUGGACAUCCGUGGCUAUGCUGCCUGGACCCUAAUGGACAAUUUCGAAUGGGCUACAGGUUAUGAUGACAAAUUUGGACUUUUCUAUGUAAAUCGAUCAGAUCCCACUUUACCACGCAUUCCUAAGAAAUCUGUCUGGCACUAUGCUACAAUUGCCAACUGUAAUGGUUUCAUUGACCCAAGAGAAGGUCCCAAUGAAUGUCAGAUCCUUGAACCUGAAGGGACUACUCCUCAACCUUCACCCAGUGGGGAGCUGUUGGUGAACUUCUUGGGCUUGGAAGUGUCAGGUCCUAAAGCUGAAGUGGCUCUCAAUUCCCUCUUCAGUCUCAUCAUUAUUGGUGCAAUCGCUGUUGUCCUCUUGGUGUAUGGACUUGUCAAGGCAACCAAGAAACCAAAGCAUCCUUUAGAACAACACAUUAACCUUGAGAAUAAGUUCUGAACAUGACACAUGGCUCUACUAAUAAUCACCAAACAUUUAUUUAAAUGAAAGAAAACUGAAAUUAUGUACAUGCAUUUCUUAAACCCGUGCCACAGAAGCAAUUUUAUUUAUUUAUUUUUUACAGUGAAUAUAUCACAACUUGAAAUUGGCGUCAUUAGACAAAAUAUUAUUAAUAAUGACUUGAUACAAACUGAAUUGACUCUCCACUUACAAUAUUCUACAAUGUUAGUUUCCUUAAAUUAACAGGCAUGAGUCACAAAAAACUUUCGUUUUCGUUUUCAGUUUAAGAACAGUGU